UAAAAUUGCUAAAAUGGACGAGGCUAUCAGACAACUUGAAGAAAAUGGACUGUAUGAUACUGCUAUACAGCUUAAAAGAGACAUAAAGGCUAAUAAACUAAAGCCUUACCAUGCAGAACAACUCGCUAAUGAUUUGAUACGUGCACUGAAAAAGCUAAAUAAAGAAGAAAAGAAGGAGCCAUUCGCUUACCCAAGUAAACAAGUUGAUCGAUCAAAGGUGAUCAAGUCAAACCCUGUUGACCAGAAGGUCCUUCAAAGAUUUGUUAAUAAAAUGAUGAUCGCAAAGAACCUAGAUCAAGCGAACAAGGAGAACUUGUUCCCAAAUAUUGAUCAUGUGAGCAACAUGAAGGUUGACCAAGAUGUGACUAUUGAACAUGAGUCUGAUACAAGUGCUGUAUUCAAGCCUUCCUCACUCGAUGGGCCUAAGAGGGAUCCCAAGUUUGAAAUAUACAAGAACAGAGCAUAUGACAAAGACUCUAGCUACCCGGCUUCUGAAAAAUCUUCACUUCCUAACAAAAGUGGGCUGGAGAGCUUUGCUCAUCAUCCCAAGAGUCAGGUGAAUACCUCCAAAGCAAAUGAAAGCUUUAAAGAGAAAAUCAGAAGUUCUGGGAAUGCUAUUGGAGGGAUCCACAAAGUUGAAGAGACCUUCGUAGGGGAUACCAGUUCCAUCCUCAAAGGAAUCGACCCUCCUGAAGAGAAGCUAGACACUUAUGAUGAUGACGAGGACCAAGGCUUCUUUAUUAUAGAAGCUGCUGAGAGCGAUUUUCUUGAGAAAUGAAAGCUCACUGCAGCUGAGUACAACUUCCCAGAAGCUACAGUCAAACCCCCUGAUGAACAAGACAAGAUCUUCGAAAAAGAGCGCAUGAAGAAACUUGAAGAAGAACGUAGGAAGGAAGAUGAAACUAUGAAAAAGAAGAAAAAGAAAGAAGCUGAAACUGACAAAGAUAAACUUAAACAAGCGCUUGGCCAGGUAGAUGAUAAAGAUGAAGAAAGUGAAACUGGCUCCGAUGACUCCAUCCCUACUCAGCUACCUAAGUGGGUUAAGUUCAUGCCAUGUGAAGAUGAAUUUUACCCAGCCGAGUAUAAUUCCACCGUAUACGAUUGAUACAACCUCAAGGUUGUAUUCGACAGAGAAAAGACUGGGUUCGAGGAGACUCGUGAGUUUCCUAUUGUUACCAAUAGUGUGAUCGCAGGAAGAUACCAAGUCAUGGAGUUCCUCGGUCAAGCUGCCUUCUCCAAAGCUAUCCGAUGCUAUGAUCUACAUAAAGGUGAAGAAGUUUGCAUGAAAAUUAUUGAAAAUAACAAAGAUUAUUAUGAUCAAAGUAUUGAUGAAAUAAAACUUCUCCGUUACAUCAAUGUCAAUUGUAAGGACGUUGACGAUGAGAAUGUCAUUGGUUUAAUAGACUAUUUCUACCACAAAGAGCACUUGUUCAUCGUCACAGAGCUUCUUAAGGACAAUCUGUACGAGUUCUAUAAGUACAACAGAGAGAAGGAAGAUGAACUCUACUUCACUCUAGGAAGACUUCAAAAGAUUACAAAGCAAAUUCUGAUAGCUUUAGAUUACAUCCAUGGCCUCCAUUUGAUCCAUUGUGACUUGAAGCCAGAAAACAUUCUAGUUAAGAGCUACAGUCAAUGCAAGGUGAAAGUUAUUGACUUCGGCUCAAGUUGCUUCCUCCAUGAUCAUCUUAGCUCAUAUGUCCAGUCAAGAUCCUAUAGAGCCCCAGAAGUUAUCCUCGGUUGCAGAUAUGACUACAAGAUCGACAUCUGGAGUCUUGGGUGUAUUGUAGCUGAACUAUUCUCAGGAUAUGUUAUCUUCCAAAACGACUCCGUCCAAGGUCUCUUAGCAAGAGUUCUGGGCAUAAUCGGACCCAUCCCAGAGUACAUGAUGAAAGAGGGAAAAUUAGUCUCAAACUUCUUCACAAGGGAGGGAAUUAUUUACCAAGAAGCAGGAGAUGGAGAAAAUACAAGCCAAAGUUUAUCUGAACCUUCUCAUGAUAAGAAAAAGAAACCUAAAGGUGAUGGCUCUAUUAAAAUUAACCUUCUUGUACCAAAGCAAACUAGUUUGAAGCACAGAUUACACACAGAUGACCUCAUGUUUGUUGAUUUCAUAAGAUGUCUGCUUCAAGUAGAUCCUUGUAGAAGGCCUUCUGCAAAGGAAGCACUGGCUCAUCCAUGGCUAACUGAGACUAAAUAUCCAGAUGAUGAUUAG